AUGAGUGCACAGAAGAUAAUCUUCUGUCCGGAUCCAGACAAGGGCAAGGCUGCCAAGAAGCUGUACGACUGGCUGAACGAUGAGAAGCAAGCCGGCAUCGCCAAAGAUGAGGUGUACUUCUUUGACGACCACACGGGCAACGCUGCGGAAAUGGCAGAGUUUGGCUUCAAUGGCCGAGAGAUAGCCUGCGAGCCACGGGACAAGAUGAUCGGCGAUGGAAUUGUUGGUUUGUGUGGAGCUCUCCUGCGCGAGAUUCAACGCGAGAAAGGCAUCAAAACAUGCAAGCAGCUGAUCGAG